AUGACUACUGGGAUCCAGGAUGAUAUCGAGGUUGCAGGUGAAAGUCAUGACACCCAUGCAGCGAAACUGGCGUCCACGGAGUCCGACAUGGACGUCGUUGUGCUUACGCAAAAGAACCCUUACUUCGAAUUCAACUUUAUCGGCACUUAUGUCGCGAUAUGCCUUGGUACUAUGUCCUCUUAUGGAGGGUUUGUUAUGCCCGCGACAUCGCUUGCAUUGAUCAACGAGACUAUUGGACCCUCACCUAACAUUACGUGGGUUGCACUUGUGUGGACCCUAGCUGUGUCUAUUGGUUUCACUUUGGUCGGACGUCUUUCGGAUAUUUUUGGUCGCCGCUGGUUCAUGAUUGGCUGCUCUUCCCUUGCAUUAAUCGGUUGCAUCGUCGGAGCUACCGCUCAAAAUGUCAAUACUUUGAUCGGCGGCACUGUGCUGAUCGGUCUAGCUGCCGCUGGUCAGCUUUCGAGCAACUAUAUCAUCGGAGAACUCGUCCCAGUUGAACACAGAGGCUUUGCGCUCAGUUUCAUCUUCCUGUCCGGAGUACCCUUUGCUGGAUUCGGCCCUUAUAUCUCCCGCCUGUUCAUCGCCAAUACUAAAGCUGGGUUUAGAUGGGACUACUAUGUGUCCAUCAUCGUCAACGGCCUAGCGUUGAUAUUAUUCGUCAUCUGCUACCACCCACCAAAAUUCGACGCCUUACAUCGUCAUCGUACUAGAUGGCAGGAAGUCAAAGAUAUGGACUUCAUGGGGAUCUUCCUUUUUACCGCAGGACUUCUUCUCUUACUAAUGGGUCUCUCAUGGGGUGGCUCACUCUACCCAUGGAAGUCUGCACAUGUGAUCUCUACCAUUAUCAUUGGGUUUGUUCUUUGUGUGCUGUUUGUCGUAUGGGAAUGUUAUGCUGGAUUGCGACGACCACUUCUUCCCAUGCAUCUAUUCAGAAGUCGGGAUUACUGCGUUCUCGUUACCAUUACAACGGUCGGUGGAAUGCUCUACUAUUCCUUGAACGUGCUCUUCUCCACUGAGGUGGGUGUUCUAUUCACCACGGACAUCGUUUAUGCUGGCCUACUUUCGUGUGCAAUUGGGGGAGGCGUGGCUUUAGGCCAGACUAUUGGUGGUAUCAUCCUCACUCCUGGUGGAAAUCAACGAUGGAAACUAUUCGCCUCGACAAUUGGUACAACUGCUUUCACCGUCGCCUUAGCUGGCGGGACUCAACGGGAAACCGCUGCGGCAUUAGCAACAUGUGCUGCUAUCUGCAUUGGCGUGCUUGAAUCAUUAGCCGUGGUCGGUGUUACAAUAGUGAUUGAAGAUCCGUCCGAGAUGGGGGCGGGUGCGGGUGCAUUCGGAAGUAUCAGAUCCGUUGGCGGUGUGCUGGCUACUACGAUCUUCACUACUAUUCUCACGAAUAAAGUAAGCUCAAACACAGAGUCCAUCGUGAUUCCUGCGUUACUCAAGGCUGGGCUUCCCUUGACAUCUCUCAAACCAUUCCUCACCGCUCUAGCGUCGGGCAACUCGGGUGCUAUCACUGCAGUGCCUGGCGUUACGGAGUCGAUCAUCGGUAUCGCGGUGGCUCAGACCAAGGUCGCUUACCAGAAAGCGUUCACCGUGGUGUACCUCUCUUCGCUACCGUUUGGAGUUAUCUCUAUCAUUGCAGCUUUUUGGGCCCCAAAUAUCAAGGACUUGAUGACGCACGACGUGGUGCGCAGACUUGACCAUGGCCAAAGCACUAUUGCUGGGCUGAAGGAAGGAGAGCAUAUGGAGUUGAAGGAGGUUGUUCAACCAAGCCAUUAG